GUCUCCCGCCUCGCCCUGUCGGGCCUCCGCAACUGGACGACUGCAGCCUCGCCGAGCGCUGUGUUUGCGGCCCGCCACUUCCAGCCCUUCCUGCCGCCGCGGGGCCAGGAGCUGGGUGAGCCCUGGUGGAUCAUCCCGAGCGAGCUGAGCGUCUUCACCGGCUACCUGUCCAACAACCGCUUCUACCCCCCACCGCCCAAAGGCAAGGAGGUCAUCAUCCACCGCCUCCUGAGCAUGUUCCACCCGCGCCCCUUCGUGAAGACCCGCUUCGCCCCGCAGGGGGCCGUGGCCUGUCUGACUGCCAUCAGCGACUCCUACUACACGGUCGUGUUCCGGAUCCAUGCCGAGUUCCAGCUCAGCGAGCCGCCCGACUUCCCCUUCUGGUUCUCCCCGGGCCAGUUUACUGGCCACAUCAUCCUCUCCAAGGACGCCACCCAUGUCCGUGACUUCCGCCUCUUUGUGCCCAAUCACAGGUCUCUGAACGUGGACAUGGAGUGGCUGUACGGGGCCAGCGAGAGCAGCAGCAUGGAGGUGGACAUCGGCUACAUACCGCAGAUGGAGCUGGAGGCCACGGGCCCCUCGGUGCCCUCUGUGAUCCUGGACGAGGAUGGCAACCUAGUCGCCAGCCGCCUGCCCUCGGGGGAGCCCCUGCAGUUUGUGUUUGAGGACAUCACGUGGCAGCAGGAGCUGAGCUGGGAGGAGGCCGCCCGGCGCCUGGAGGUGGCCAUGUACCCCUUCAAGAAGGUCACCUACCUGCCGUUCACUGAGGCCUUCGACCGCGCCAAGGCCGAGAAGAGGCUGGUGCACUCGAUCCUGCUGUGGGGGGCGCUGGACGACCAGUCCUGCUGAGGUUCGGGGCGAACUCUCCGGGAGACUGUCCUGGAAAGUUCGCCCGUCCUCACCCUGCUCAACGAGAGCUUCGUCAGCACCUGGUCCCUGGUGAAGGAGCUGGAGGACCUGCAGAACAAUCAGGGGAACCCGUCCCACCGGGAGCUGGCCAGCCUGCACCUGGAGAAGUACAGCUUCCCCGUGGAGAUGAUGAUUUGCCUGCCCAACGGCACCGUGGUCCACCACAUCAACGCCAACUACUUCCUGGACAUCACCGCCCUGAAGCCCGAGGACGUGGAGAGCAACGUCUUCCGCUUCUCGUCCACCUUCGAAGACCCGUCCACGGCCACCUACCUGCGCUUCCUGCAGGAGGGGCUGCGGCGCGGCCUGCCCCUCCUCCAGCCCUAGCUCGGGGCGCCGGGUCUGCAGCCCCCACCCGGCUCCCAGUCAGCCAAGGGUGGCGGCCCUAGCUCUGCCCCGGAGACGGUGGCAUGGGGAGGGACGCGGGGACACAGGUGGGGGGACCCCUAGCUCGGACCACCAGCAGCAGCCCCUGCCCACCCACCUGGCUCUGGAAGCUGCUGGGAGCUCCCCAGAAUGCACCUGGGGCGCUCUCCCUGGGCCUCGCCUCACCCCACCCAGUCACACAGCCCGGGUCCUCACCAGCUGCGCUGUCCUUGCUUUGACCCCACUCCCAGAGGAAACUUCAAGGAGCCCCAGCCCGGGCAGCACUCCGUCUGUCUGGAGCCCUCUUCCCGGCCACGUGCCCUGCUGUGCCCGAUGUCCCCGGCUGGGGCCGUCCCCGGUGGACACAACGUUCCAGAGCCUCUGGGCGGCGCCUCCCUUUCAGAAGUGGAAACUGCACUCACCCCUGUGCUCCCAGCCCACGCGGCGGCCUCGUGACGGGACACCGGAGCCCCGGCAGGGACUCACGGCGGCGCCAGCUGCCCGGGCUGGGCGUGUCUCCCUGCCUCCAGCCAGGAGCCCCGCUGAGGCUGGCCCUGAACCCGGGGCCCUGCAAGACGGCUGGUGCCCCUCCGACUUCUAACUCCUUGGAGGUCUGCCCAGCAGUCAAAGAACACAAGCUCCCCCGGGCCAGCUCUGUCUCGGCCACCAGGCGUGCCCAGACCAGCUUGCCCACGACCCCCGGGGUGAGGGCCAGAGGGGCAGCACAGCCGGCUCUCCUGGGCCACUCCUGAGCCAUGGGCCAUGCCCAGCCUCUUUUUUAUACAUGCAGAAAAGCGUUUUUACAGAACUUCCGCAGUUUGUAGGUAUUUUGAUAACCCCGUGAUGAGAAGGGAGGGGCUGUAGCCCUCUGGCAGCAGCUCCAUGACAGCUGGGUCUGAAACCCCAGAGGACCCAGCCUGAUGUCCCUGCUGCUGUGCGGGUGGGACGAUGGCCCCUCCCUUCUCUUCAGCUCUGACCUGCCCUCCGCCCGGCCCCAGGGCGCCCUGGGAACCUGCCUGGAGGUGGGGCCUCUCUCUGCCUGCCCCCUUCUCUGUCCUCCACCCCAGGGGUUCACCUCUCCCUCACCCGCCCUCCGUGGGAGUGCCCACACGGAGCCAGCCACGUUCCCCACGCCGUGUCGGGUAUAAAUCAGCAGCAGGUGCUGAGCCAGCUACGA